UAGACAGGAAUUAGAAUCAAACGACGCGUACACAAAAAUAUCUCUCUCUCUUUAAAACCACACCUACUUUUCUUCCCCCGAAAGAAACCAAGAUCCAGAAGAAUGGCACUAGAAUGGGUACUUCUGGGCUACACAGCUGCAGCCGAAGCAGUGAUGCUAAUCUUACUCACAAUCCCAAUAAACCCACUUCGCAAAGGCUUAAUCUCCGUCACUCAGAACCUUCUGAAACCAUUAUUAUCUGUAAUCCCCUUUUGUUUAUUCCUGCUUAUGGAUAUUUACUGGAAAUAUGAGAACCGACCCAAUUGUGAAGGCCACACUUGUUCUCCCUCUGAGCAUCUGCGCCAUCAGAAGUCUAUUAUGAAGAGCCAGAGGAAUGCCCUUUUGAUUGCUGCUGCUGUGGUGUUUUACUGGCUUCUUUACUCUGUUACUUCACUUGUGGUGAAAAUUGAUUUGUUGGAGAAGAGGGUGCAGAAGUUGAAGAAUCAGGAGUGAUUUGGUAUACAGGCUUUAUCACGGCUUAUCCUAGUGUUUGUCUCUUGUUCUGUUUAUUUGUUCGACUUUUCAGCUCUUCAGGUGUUUUUCUUGUCCUGCAGGGGCAUUGGGAAAUGAGGCUUGCUGGUCUUGAUCUUACUAUAUAGAGUAUGUGAUUAUGUUGCUGAAUAAGUUGUGAAAAUCCUGUUAUGUAAUUCUAGUAGAACAUAAAACCAACAAUGAAUGGUAGUUUGAAGUAACAUUCAUUGCUUGUCGAUUCUGUGAAUUAUUUAGGAACGUGUGGAGGUUCCAAUGUAUGUUAAAACACUCGGAAUAAUGUACCAUUCAAAAGUAGAAAAGCCUGUAUGUUUCUUGUUAAUGAGGAAUUUAUAUGAACACAAUUUUAGCUUUUGGAGUAACA